ACACACACACACAUGUGACAGGCGUGUGGCGAGCAGUCUGCUGGUGUCUAGUGUCUAGUGUCCAGUGACCAUCUUGUCCAACCAGCGCGUGUCGUGCAGGACAAGAACAGGACUGAUCGUUCCAGCCUGACAGACAGACUCCUGCUGACCCCCGGGCCCAGGGUUGACUUUUGAGGGACGUGAAUCGCAUCUCCACCCAGGCAGGAACAAGGAGGCGGAGUUUGAAUCGCGCUGUGGCCACUCUCACUCUGUCACUGUUACACCAAGGCAGCCAGCACCACCUCCACCGCCACUCUGAAGGAAGAGCUUCAUCACCAGCAGCAGCAGCAGCAGCAGCAGCCAGAGCUAUGGACGACAACGUAGAGGACUGCCCUGUGUGCCUCAACACCUUUGACGACACCCACAGGCGGCCACGCAACCUGCCGUGUGGGCAUACACUUUGCACGCCGUGCAUUAAUGAACUGAAGGAGCAGGGUGCCGUCACGUGCCCCACGUGCAGGGUGAGUCACGCCCUGCCUGAGGCCGGCCAGUUCCCUAUCUCCUAUAUCACAGAGGCCUUUAUCAGGAAGAUGAGAGGUGCAGGACUGGCCUGUGUGGCACCCAAGCCAGAAAAGCAGCUGACAGCUCCGGCAGCAGUGACACAGCCUGCACCAAGGGCCACAGCGGGACUCAGCAAGAGGACACGGUCCCUGCUGCAGGAGCAAGAGGCAAAGGUCCUGGCCGCCAUCCGCUCCUGCCAGGAGGAGCAGAGCCAGCUGGCAGACUACCGGACAACCCUGGGUGGGUGGUGUGGCCGCCAGCAGCAGCUGGAGGACGACCUCCAGACGCUGGUGGACCAGAGCAAGGGUGCCCGGGAGGCGAUAAGCCGCGAGGACUCCCGCGUGGAGGGCAGGCAGGAGAAGGUGCGGCAGAGAGAGGAGGCGCUGCACGCCAUGCUGCAGGAGCUGCGCACUCCAUCAACACGACAGGAAGCUUACGAGGUGAUUGAGGAUGCAGACCAUCUGCUGGAGGAGGAGGAGGAGGAGGAGGAGGGCGGCAGUGUUUCCUGACGUCCACGUGGUCAC